AUGCAUCCGCAUUAUGGAUUUGUAGGUUCAACAUAUGUUGGAAAUAAUGUUGGAAUAAAACAAGUUCAACAAAUCUAUGGAAAUUCAAUUCAUCAUCAACAAGUUCCUUUUUAUUCUCAACAUUCAAAUUAUUCCUCAAUUCAUUCACAUCAACAAAGAAAUCAACAUUAUCCAUAUCAGCAACAACAACAACAACAGCAGCAACAGCAACAAAUAAAUAAUCUCGAUCAUCCAAAGUCUAAAAGAAAGAUGUUACAGACUCCGUCAACAUUUCCAACUUCAACAUUAAAAUGUUUAUUGGAAAAUACUGAAAUAGCCGAUCUUUUACUAAAAAGUUUUCCUCUUUUAGACGACGAAAACGAUUUGAAAUCGGAUAAACAAGGUUUAUCAAAUGAUUUAUCAUCUAAAGUCGCUUGGAAUUCUUCGGCAUUUCUUGGUCCAAAUCUAUGGGAUAAAGAUCAAUUAUAUAGUGCAAAUGGGAAUGGAACAUUACAUUCAGAUAAAACAACAAUAAAUUCAACAACAAAUGGAAAUUUUAAAGUGGAAAAUAUCGAUAUCGAUGAAUUUCUUUGCGAAAAUAAUUUAAAUUUAAAUGAUAUGGAAUCAUUUUCAAAUCAUUUUGAACAUGUUGAACAAACAACAUCGAAUUCACCAAAUCAAAAUCAAGAUAAUUUAAUUCUUCAUUCACCAAUGCAAGCAGCACCUGCGAAAUCACCUGCGGAUGAUUCGAUUAGUCGUCAAUCAUCAAGUUCAUCACGAAAAUAUUCCCAAGAUGAAGUUUCAACAAAAAAUUCAAAUGGAAAACAAUCGAAAAAAUCUCGAAAGGCUCAACAUCAAUCUAAACAGUUCGUUCCAGAUGAACUUAAAGAUGAAAAAUAUUGGGCAAGACGAAGAAAAAACAAUUUAGCUGCGAAAAGAUCACGAGAUGCUCGACGAAUGAAAGAAAAUCAAAUUGCUUUACGAGCUGAUUUCUUAGAAAGAGAAAGCGAUUUGUUGAAAAAACAAUUAGAAGAUUUGAAAAGAGAAAAUCAAAAAUUGAAAAUGAAAUUAAUUCAAUAUGAAUCUUCAAUUAAACAGUGA